AUGCACGGAACAGCAGCAGAAGAUGCGGUGCAGAAGAUCGGAUACGUAUCCAUGGACCCGUUCGGGUUAAUGGAUAUACUCGACACUUACUUUCCUCAACAACUCUUCACCGUCGAAGAAACCUGGCUCAGUCUCACUUCCGCUCUUCUUUCCUUCUUCUCUUCACCGGCAGGACAACAUCUUGUUUCUCAGGUGAAAACUGGUUAUGGAAACAAUAUCUUGUCACUUGACUUUCAGCAGUUCCAACAGAUUUAUCAUGUUGAGGAAUUUUAUAAAAUGUUAGAGGAGAAACCUAAAAUUGCUCUCUUAUGCAUGAGUGCUGCUGUACAUAAGGUUUUGCUAUCCAAAUGGGAGAAUGACGACCUGGUGCUUGGUGCAAAGGUAGAUAUCCGUCUUCAUAACUGUCCUAAAACUAUGAUUGCGCUGAAGAACUUAAAAGCAGCUUACAUUGACAAACUGGUCUCAGUUCGCGGUACUGCUGUGAAAGUCAGCACUGUCAGGCCUCUGGUUUUGCAAAUGAGUUUUGAAUGCUGUAAAUGUAGACAAACACUUUCACGUAUAUUUCCUGAUGGAAAAUAUUCUCCACCAUCAACUUGCAAUUUGAAUGGUUGCAAGAGCAAAAUCUUUAAUCCGUUGCGAUCUACUGCUCAAACUAUUGAUUUUCAAAAAAUAAGAGUUCAAGAAUUAUUAAAACCUGAAGACCAUGAAGAAGGACGGGUGCCUCGAACAGUUGAAUGUGAGCUUACCCAAGAUCUUGUUGAUGCAUGCAUACCUGGAGAUGUGGUUACUGUUACUGGAAUUAUAAGAGUAAUUAACACAUACAUGGAUAUUGGAGGAGUUGAUGCAGGAGUCAGAAAAGAUAUGGCAUUUGUCGCUAUUUUCAGUAUUUUGUCUGGCUAA